UUUAAAAAGAGAAAAACACACAAUCGCAGGAAUCAGGAACCCAACUUAGUUGCAUUCUGCCCGGCAGUUUGCGUUAGCUGUUCUUCAAAUAAGCCACAUUUUCCUUCCAAAGAUGUCUAAAAGACAUCGUCUAGAUUUGGGCGAUGACUAUUCCUCCAGUAAGAAGAGAUCCGAGGGGAGAGACCGGGAUCGUGACAGAGACCGUGAGGAUCGCUCCAGGGACAGGGACCGAGAUAGGGAUCGGGACAGGGACAGAGAUCGGGAUAGAGACCUGAAGCCUUCUAGUGCCCCUUCUAACAGCACUGCUGGUAUAGGCCUGCCUCCACUCAAACAGAUGGCCGUGCACCAGCAGAUUAAUCCAUUCACCAACCUGCCACACACGCCACGUUACUACGAGAUUCUGAAGAAGAGGUUACAGCUUCCAGUGUGGGAGUACAAGGAAAGCUUCACCGACAUCAUCACACGUCAUCAGAGCUUUGUCCUUGUUGGAGAAACAGGCUCCGGGAAGACAACACAGAUUCCCCAAUGGUGUGUGGACAUGGUGAGAGGUUUGCCUGGACCUAAGCGGGCGGUCGCCUGUACUCAGCCCAGAAGAGUGGCAGCCAUGAGCGUGGCUCAAAGGGUGGCCGAUGAAAUGGAUGUGAUGCUUGGACAGGAAGUGGGCUACUCUAUUCGAUUUGAGGACUGUAGCUCUGCCAAGACUAUACUGAAGUACAUGACAGACGGUAUGCUUCUAAGAGAGGCUAUGAAUGACCCGUUGUUGGAGCGUUAUGGUGUGAUCAUUCUGGACGAGGCCCACGAGCGAACCCUGGCCACAGACAUCCUGAUGGGAGUCCUUAAGGAGGUGGUGCGUCAGCGAUCAGAUCUGAAGGUGAUCGUCAUGAGUGCCACCCUGGAUGCUGGCAAGUUCCAGGUGUACUUCGACAACUGUCCUCUGCUGACAAUUCCUGGACGUACACACCCUGUAGAGAUCUUCUACACACCUGAGCCAGAGAGAGACUAUCUUGAGGCAGCUAUCCGCACUGUCAUCCAGAUUCAUAUGUGUGAGGAAGAUGAAGGUGACUGCCUUCUCUUUCUCACUGGACAAGAGGAAAUUGAUGAAGCCUGCAAACGGAUCAAGCGUGAGGUAGAUGAUCUUGGACCUGAGGUUGGGGACAUUAAAAUCAUUCCACUGUAUUCCACAUUGCCACCACAGCAGCAGCAAAGGAUCUUUGAGCCACCUCCUCCAAGGAAACCCAAUGGUGCAAUAGGAAGAAAGGUUGUGGUAUCAACAAACAUUGCUGAGACUUCUCUGACAAUUGAUGGUGUUGUAUUUGUCAUUGAUCCAGGUUUUGCCAAGCAAAAGGUGUACAAUCCUCGUAUCAGAGUGGAGUCAUUGCUGGUCACAGCCAUCAGUAAAGCUUCUGCCCAGCAGAGGGCAGGACGAGCUGGCAGAACACGGCCAGGGAAAUGUUUCCGCCUUUAUACAGAGAAGGCCUACAAAACAGAGAUGCAGGAUAACACGUACCCUGAGAUUCUUCGGUCCAACUUGGGGUCUGUUGUGCUGCAGUUGAAAAAGCUGGGUAUUGAUGACCUUGUUCACUUUGACUUCAUGGAUCCACCUGCUCCUGAGACACUGAUGAGGGCCCUGGAGCUGUUGAAUUAUCUGGCAGCUCUCAAUGAUGAUGGCGACCUGACGGAGCUGGGCUCCAUGAUGGCCGAGUUUCCUUUGGACCCCCAGUUGGCUAAGAUGGUCAUUGCCAGCUGCGAGUUUAACUGCUCGAAUGAGAUCCUUUCCAUUACUGCCAUGCUGUCAGUCCCACAGUGUUUUGUCCGCCCCACGGAGGCUAAGAAGGCAGCAGACGAGUCCAAGAUGAGGUUUGCUCACAUUGACGGAGACCACCUGACGCUGCUCAACGUCUACCAUGCCUUCAAACAAAACCAUGAGUCCAACCAGUGGUGCUAUGACAACUUUGUCAACUACCGCUCCCUGAUGUCUGCUGACAACGUGCGGCAACAGUUGUCAAGGAUCAUGGACCGUUUCAACCUGCCACGCCGCAGUACUGAGUUUACUAGCAGAGAUUACUACAUCAACAUUCGCAGAGCACUCUGCACUGGCUUCUUCAUGCAGGUGGCUCAUUUGGAACGCACAGGUCAUUACCUCACAGUCAAAGACAACCAAGUGGUCCAACUGCACCCAUCAACAGUUCUAGACCACAAGCCUGAGUGGGUGCUCUACAAUGAGUUUGUCCUCACUACCAAGAACUACAUCCGCACUUGCACAGACAUCAAACCAGAGUGGUUGGUGAAGAUCGCACCACAGUACUAUGAAAUGAGUAACUUCCCACAAUGUGAAGCUAAAAGACAGCUGGAGCGAAUCAUUGCCAAACUAGAGAGCAAAGAGUAUUCUCAAUACUGAACAAUAGCCCUGAAGUGUCCUGGAAAAUAACAGCGUACCAUAGUUUUAGAUCUUUGUGUAUCAUUGUAUCUUAAUGUUUCAAAUUCAGCAAUUUGAUUUUUAUAUUUUGUUUGUUGUUUUUUUUUUUUUUUUUUUCUUUUCUUUUUUCCCAUAAAUGUUAAUUCUGUAAUUAUGUGUAAUGCCAGCUAAAAUACUAUGAACUCCAUAUAGUAGAUCUGGCCAUAAAAAUUUUCAAGAGGAAUAUCAGAAACACGUCAUUGAGAUGUGGUUGACUUUCCUUUAGGGGAUUGCAGAGUCAAACUGAUUUGUGCUUGCUUUGUUUCUUUAAUAAAGGAGCUUUGACUACUUUGA